AUGGUGGGGCGAAGCGCGCACAAAUCAAGCGUCGCACCUGCCAAGGGCUUGAACCCGCUCACUCACUCGCCUCCCUCGCUUGCCCCUCCAUAUAAGGAUUUCCCCUCCUCCCCCCUCCCACAGAAUUUUUCUUUCUCCCCCGUCCGCAUCAUUUCUGAGCAAGCGUCGGAAUUUUUCAAGUAUCUUCCAAAGAACUUCAAGAAUUCAUUUUCUUUAACCGCCAUCAUGGGUAAGGAAGAUCGCACUCACAUCAACAUCGUCGUUAUCGGCCACGUCGAUUCCGGCAAGUCCACCACCACCGGUCACCUGAUCUACAAGUGCGGUGGUAUCGACUCUCGUACCAUCGAGAAGUUCGAGAAGGAGGCUGCUGAGCUCGGCAAGGGUUCCUUCAAGUACGCCUGGGUUCUUGACAAACUCAAGGCUGAGCGUGAGCGUGGUAUCACCAUUGACAUUGUUCUCUGGAAGUUCCAGACCGCCAAGUAUGAGGUCACCGUCAUUGACGCCCCCGGUCACCGUGACUUCAUCAAGAACAUGAUCACUGGUACCUCCCAGGCCGAUUGCGCUAUUCUCAUCAUCGCCUCCGGCACUGGUGAGUUCGAGGCUGGUAUCUCCAAGGAUGGCCAGACCCGUGAGCACGCUCUGCUUGCCUUCACCCUUGGUGUCCGCCAGCUCAUCGUUGCCCUGAACAAGAUGGACACCUGCAAGUGGUCCCAGGACCGUUACAACGAGAUUGUCAAGGAGACCUCCAACUUCAUCAAGAAGGUCGGCUACAACCCCAAGAGCGUUCCCUUCGUCCCCAUCUCCGGCUUCAACGGUGACAACAUGCUUGAGGUCUCCGAGAACUGCCCCUGGUACAAGGGUUGGGAGAAGGAGACCAAGGCCGGCAAGACCACCGGUAAGACUCUCCUGGAGGCCAUCGACGCCAUCGAGCCUCCCGUCCGUCCCUCCAACAAGCCCCUCCGUCUUCCCCUCCAGGAUGUCUACAAGAUCUCCGGUAUUGGCACUGUGCCCGUCGGCCGUGUCGAGACUGGUGUUAUCAGCCCCGGCAUGGUUGUUACCUUCGCCCCCGCCAACGUCACCACUGAAGUCAAGUCCGUUGAGAUGCACCACCAGCAGCUCAAGGAGGGUCUCCCCGGUGACAACGUCGGCUUCAACGUCAAGAACGUCUCCGUCAAGGAGGUCCGCCGUGGUAACGUUGCCGGUGACUCCAAGAACGACCCCCCUGCCGCCGCUGCCUCCUUCAACGCCCAGGUUAUCGUCCUGAACCACCCCGGUCAGGUCGGCGCUGGUUACGCUCCCGUUCUGGACUGCCACACUGCCCACAUUGCUUGCAAGUUCUCCGAGCUUCUUGAGAAGAUCGACCGCCGUACUGGUAAGUCCAUUGAGGACUGCCCCAAGUUCAUCAAGUCCGGUGAUGCCGCCAUCGUCAAGAUGGUUCCCUCCAAGCCCAUGUGUGUUGAGGCCUUCACCGACUACCCCCCUCUCGGCCGUUUCGCUGUCCGUGACAUGCGCCAGACCGUCGCUGUCGGUGUCAUCAAGUCCGUCGACAAGUCUGCUGCCGGUGCCGGUAAGGUCACCAAGGCCGCCCAGAAGGCUGGCAAGAAAUAAGUGAUUUGCGGAUGACACAAGAGACGCCGUGAUGAAUUUUUUUCUUAAAAAUGCUUUUAUGGAUGUGGACAGCUAGACUUUGCUGUGUAGUCUGAAAAAUACUACAUACAGAUUCGUGUCUCGCGAACAA